AUGUUCUUUCUUCUUUGCAGCAACAAUCUCACAGCGCAGCAAUACGAUACGAUACGAUACGAUACCAUGGAUCUUGCAGACAAGACGAAAGAUAAGAUCCCCGUGUCCGCCGCGGCCGGGAAGCGAACUACGCGCAAAAAGCCGAAGGACAAGCCCAAGAGGCCGCUAAGUGCCUACAACUAUUUCUUUAAGGAAGAACGUGAAAAGAUCCUCAAGAUUCUUUCCGCAGAGGAUCCUUACAAGGUAGAACAGGAUCCCACUUCACAUGACUUUUUGAGUGCGCAUCAAAUCACAAGCCUCAAAAAGGAGGGCAACAAGGUGUCCUUUGAACAAAUGGGGAAGAUUAUUGGGGCUCGAUGGAAGAACAUUGACCCAGAUCGUUUGGCCAAGUUCUCGGAAAUGGCGAGCGAGGAUACCGAGCGAUACAAGAAGCAAAUGCAGUCGUACAAUGGUCGACAAGAAGCCAAGAUGCGCAGCGAAGCACUCAAGCCUCAAGCAUACCACCAAGGACCUCCCCGAGGUGGCCGUCCCGAAGCGGGACAACCACCGGAUCCAAGGCAACAGCCAUAUCCUGACAUGGGCUCUUAUGCAGGAUAUGGAGGGUAUGGCAUGGAUGCCUACGGCUAUUAUGGAUAUGGUGGCUACGGCGCAUACAGUGGAUACCCUGCAGGAUCCAUGGGAGGGAGUCCGGAGCAAAUGGACCAGUACUCGAGACAGAUGUAUGCCGCCCAAGGAAGCAUGGGCCAAUAUUAUCCAGACUAUGGAGCGGAAGGAUACUAUCAAUCCGACCCAUAUCAAGGCUAUCCUCAAGGAGGAUGGGGUGGGUCAGUUUAG